GCUCUAGUGUGUUUUAAAUUUUGUAAGUUGCAGCAGCAUUAUUUUCCACAACAAUGAGGUUUAGACUUGUACGAAGUUUGUAUAUUAUUUUGUUAUGCACUGUUUUUGCACUCUACAUCACAAUGCAAUAUUAUUCUGAAUCAAGAGAGAAAAAUCUAUUGAGGCUAAAAAAUACAUUAGAAGAUUUCCGUGAAAAACCACAAGGUGUACUAUCAAUCCCUUGGCUCGCCGAUAUUCCAGCUGGUCAACAAUGGUCUACUGAUAAGCCAACACCGGAUUCGAGAGGUAUUCAUUCCCAAUUACCUACCAAUAAAUUGAAGGCAACAAUUGAUUUUGGCAAGAGUAAACAUUUAAACAUUGAAACAUUUCAAGCUCCAGUAUGUUCUAAAAUUGACAAUGAUUAUUCAGUAAAUACAACAUAUCAAGUGAGAUAAUUCUCCUGAGUAAUUAUUUCAUAUACUUGUUUUAGAGUUUGUUUCAUUAUUGAUCGUGUUUUGAAAAUCAUUUGUAAGACUUGUUGAUAGUUUGUACUUUGUGCUUGUUGAUUUAUAUUGUGCACAUGCUGGAACAACAGCACCUAACCUUGAACACCAUCGUGCCUAACAUCGAAGAUGAUUUGUAGAAAGUUUAAAGAGGUUUGACCAUUUCAUUGCAUCAACCUAUAAAGUGAUUGUUGGUAUUAGCUAUGUUAAGGUGUCCGGAUUACAUUCUUGGAUGUUGGCUGUUUCAAAAUGCCUUUCCAGGAAUCUUUCAUUUCCAUAAUGUGUGUAGAUUAAAAGCGAAACAACUCACGAGUUGAUUUUUUAAAAACUAAAUCAACCUAUAACUACUUCCUUUAGCUGACGAAAACCUCAUAGCUACUGUAUGCAUAUAUGUAUAUCGAUCAUUGUACUUCGAAACAUCAAGUAAUUAACCUUUUUUCACUUUUUACUGUGCAUGGAAUGUCAAUUUUACUCAGUUUGUUUCAUUGAGUUAUUUAUUAAAAUAUCUGGCAAUUUUCAUGUAGAGUCUUCAUUAACAUCCUUCUAGUCUUGAACAUAUUCAUUAAAACUUGUUAAAUAUAUUUUUUCACUUUACAAACUGUUACCAUACCACAUGGUUUGAGCCAACAAUACUGUCAGUUAGUCAGUCAUGUAGUAUUUAAAAAUGUAGUAAUAUUUUAAUUAUGUUUCUUUUGAUCAUAGUGUUAUGUAGAAAGUGAAUGCUAUCAGCUAGGUAUAACAUUUUUUAUUAGGCUGUGAGUUUAAUGUUGUUUGAUGUGAUUCUGUAUAAUUAGGAUAUAGUCGUCUGCAUAAUCAAUGAAUCGCCAAUAAUAUAACACUUAGCACCAGUUUGUAACGGUUCCAGUUAUCAUAACUGAUAUUAGCAUAGUGAGAGAGGAAAUCGAUAAAUUGCAAAGCUAAGUGAGUGAAUCGGUUAGCUUCAAAUUCAGUGGACGUUUGAACAUAUGAAAUAUAGCCUAAAAUAAUUUUUUAGAAUUUAGAGUUCAAUAUAACACUUGCCUCAAGAUUUAGAGGAGAAUGAAGAAUUAAUACUACUGUACCACAUCACCAGCUACUCGAACCACUGAUCUUGAGGGCCAUCCAACCAGAUAGUCUUCCGAUAUGACACAUUAACAAUUAAUAACUUCAUGUACCCGUUCCGUAUCAUGAAUAGUUUAGCUGUGGCUUUAUUCUAACCUGGUUCUAUGUUAGAUAGCAUUGGAUUUCAAGGUAGAUGGUAACUAUUUAUAUGUUAAACAUGUCUUAACCAUCUCAUUCGAUACAGAUUUGUAGCUUUGUUAGUCGAAAUAGUUCUUUUUUUGGACAGUAUUCUAGUUCUCACCUCUUCAUUGUUUGCUGUACGGUUACACUAUAUAUGAGUAAUUAUUCAAAAAAACCUGUGACCGAAUCCUUAAAGCGUAAGUAUAUUUCCCACCUUCGUAAACUACAUGGAUUAAUGGAAAGGAAGCUGCUAUGCAACAUACUCGCUGUUUGAUUUUCAGACUGAGAUAUUGCCUGUACUAUAGUUGGACAAGUUUGUCCUAGUCAAAGUAUUUUUUUCCCAGUAGUAGUAUUACGUAAUUUUUCUUAAGAUGAAGUUAAUAUCUGUUGUCUUCGUUCUAUUUUGAGAUGAAUAAUAUUUAUAACCAGUUGGCAUUUGAUGAUCAACCCGGCGGUGUGUGGACUCAAGGAUUUCCGAUUGAAUAUAAAAUGGAUCAGUGGAAGGAUCAACCAUUAGAAGUUUUCAUUGUACCGUUUUCACAUCACGAUCCAGGUUGGGUUAAAACUUUUGAAAGAUACUUCGUCACUGAAACAAAGCCUAUUCUAGAUGCUACGUUAACGACAUUAAGCGAAAAGGAAGAAUCUAGGUUUGUCUAUUCUGAAGUGUCGUAUUUAGAUUCAUGGGUAAAUACUUUAUCAGAGGAACAAAAACAAGCUUUCAAAAGAUUGUUGCUCAAUGGACAUUGGGAAAUUGUUUCAGGUGGCUGGGUUAUGCCAGAUGAAGCAGUUACGCAUUAUUAUCCGAUUAUUGAUCAAUUUAUUGAAGGUCACCAUUGGUUAUUAGAACAUUUUGACUAUCGACCAAAUGUCACAUGGGCUAUUGAUCCGUUUGGACAGAGUUCAACAAUGCCAUAUAUAGCAAAAAAACUUGGUUUCUCUCAAAUGAUUAUUAAUCGUGUACAUUAUGAAGUCAAAAAGUAUCUUGCUAGUCGUAAAGCCUUGGAAUUUAUGUGGCAUCAACCGUGGGAUACUGCCGGUUCCCACUCUAUCUUGGCGCAUAUGUUUCCAUUCUUUUCAUAUGAUGUUCCUCAUACAUGUGGUCCAGAGCCUGCAGUAUGCUGUCAGUUUGAUUUUAUUCGAAUGGAAAGGUACAGUUGCCCAUGGAAAAAAUCACCGGUCCUCAUAGAUGAUUCAAAUGUUGCUGCUCGAGCUGAUAUGUUAGCUGACCAGUACAGGAAAAAGGCUACAUUAUACAAUAAUAGUGGUCUAGUUUUAAUCCCAUUAGGUGAUGAUUUUCGUUAUCAAUCAACACAUGAAUGGAAUGUUCAGUUGGAUAAUUAUAAUAAAUUAAUUCAACACAUCAAUUCAAAUCCUAGCUAUAGGAUGAAAAUACGUUUCUCUACAUUAUCCAAUUAUUUUCAUGCAUUAAAUGAACGAGUAAACAAAAUGAACUUAGCACUUUCUGCAUCAUUUCCAUCAUUAUCUGGUGAUUUCUUUACUUAUGCAGAUCGACAACAUGACUAUUGGACUGGAUAUUACAAUUCAUAUCCUUAUGAAAAAUUUUUAUCACGUUUAUUAGAAUCUGAGUUAAGAACAGCUGAAAUACUUUACAGUUUUGCUAGACAAAGUGUUGGUCGUAUACAAAGCGUUGCUCAAUUAAUACCAUUAAUUGCGAAUCUUUAUCAGAAUCUUACAACAGUUCGACGUAAUCUUGGUUUAUUUCAACAUCAUGAUGCAAUACCUGGUACAGCACGACCGGAAGUAAUGCUUGAUUAUUCAGAAAGAUUAUUGAGAGCUGUCGAUGCGGCACGAAAAGUUAUUACAAUCUCUAGUGCUUAUCUGCUACUAUUACCAUCAAUGUUAAAAUCAGAUAUUGAGUUUUCGAAUAGACGACGUCUACCUGUCUCCAGUCAGUUUAAACAAACGUUAAUUCAGUUAAAUGAUGAAUUUGAGAGAAAAACCGAUAAUAGCAGUGAUAAUAUUUCACAUGGUUUCUAUUCUCUAGAAGAUAAUUUACAUCAUCAUCAAUAUUCAGAGCCAAUUUUAAUUGAUUUCUUUGAGAAUAAUGGUAAUGCUGAUGUUGAAAAUACUCGUCGUAUUUAUAUUUUCAAUCCGUCAACUCGCAAUCAUAGUAAAAUAAUCACAUUACAUGUGAAAAGUCAUCUAAUGAAUUUUAAAGCUAAACAGAUUAUUUCAAAUUCUAUGGAAAUAUUGGAUCAUCAGUUAAAUAUACAAUUAGAGCAUAGUUCAACAAAUGUACCAAAUGAUUUUCAACAUGAACAACAACAUGUUAGUUUGUUAUAUUUAAGUCCAGUUAAAUUAUAUCCUCUGUCAUUUACAUGUAUUGAAUUGAAAUUAACAUCAAUGCCAACGUCAUCUUCUAUGUUACAAGUAAAUCCACAAUUAAUACCAGUUAUAAAUGAUGCUGAGAUAUUAGUUCAUAAUCGUCCCCAACUUUUCAUAGAGAAUGAUUAUAUUCAACUGGAGUUUGAUUCUAAAACUGGUUAUCUUCAAAAAAUGUUGAAUAAAUUAACUGGACAAUCUGUGGAGAUGAAAAUUAACUUUAUACAAUAUAAAAGUUUAGAAGGUGAUUCACAUAGUGGCGCUUAUUUAUUCAUCCCUAAUGGAUUAGCUGAACCUUCACCAAAUCCAAAAUCGUACCGUUACACUAAAGGUAAUUUAGUGGAUGAAGUGAUAGUUUACACGCAGUAUGUUAGACAUAAAGUUCGUUUGUACAAAUCAUCUGGUUUACAAUCACAGUUCAUUGAGAUUGAGAACAUUGCCAACAUAAAAGUUAGUCGUCCUACUGAUAUUGACAUAUUUAUGACAAUACAAACUAAUCUUUUGAAUAAAGAUCGAGUAUUCUAUACCGAUUCUAACUGCUUCCAGUUUAUUCAAAGACAGUAUUAUGAUAAAAUUCCUUUGCAAGGGAACGUUUAUCCAGUAGCAUGCGGCGCCUAUAUAGAACAAGAAAUGAAUGACAGUGAUGAUAGAAGCCAUACGAAACAAUAUCAACGAUUAAAUUUAUUCACUUCACAUCCUACUGGUGUAGUCAGUCCUAAAGUUGGUCAAAUCAAUGUAUGGAUUGAUCGUCGAUCUUCACGAGAUGAUUCACGUGGUGUUCAAUCGAAUUUGGAUGGUGAAUGGAUUGUAAAAUCACAAUUACAUUUAUUUACUGAAAUAAUUUCAGUUGAUAAAACUCAGAAAAUAGCUAUUCCAAGUUUGUCUAUAUUUUCCCAACAAAUAUUAAAUGAUCUAUUAAGACCAAUACAUAGAUUUUAUGUAAAUCAACCCGAUUUAAAUAAUUUACUUGUAACAGAAUAUAGUUUAAUACCUAAAUCUGGUCUACCAUGUGAUUAUGAAUUAGUAACAAUGAAAACAUUUCAUAAUAUAAAGAUACCAAUAAAGUUUCAUGCUGCACCGAAUACUCAAGUUGGUGUGAUUUUACGACGUCAUGCACCAGUUUGUUAUGCUAGAAAUUUACCGAAAAUUGAUUUUUACUCAGAAUGUUUCAAUAAUCAUGUUGGACAAAAUGAACUUAAUAUACAUGAAUUAUUUGGUUCAAUUCAAUUAAAAUAUGCAAUACAAACUAAUCUGACUAUGAUUCCAUCAUUUGUCUCUUCUAUGAUUGAUGAUAAUAAUAGAUAUCAAUCAAGUAAAAUGAAUCGCAUUCAUGUGAAGUCAAUGGAAAUUGAAGCAUACUAUCUUGUUUAAUUCAUUAUUCUUAUAUGUAUUCUUGUUAACAUUUUUAAACUUGCUUUUUUUUUUAAAUCCAUAGUUGUGUUGAUUUUAUUUUUCUUGUUUUGUGGAAAAUACUCUUUCUUGAUUUUGUUUGUUUGUUUUAAAACUGUCCCAUGGUACGUACUAAUCUUCCGCCAACUAUCUCUUCUCUCCUGUGAAUAUCAAUACCAUAUGCUUGUGUAUAAUAAUCAUAAUCAUAAUGGUAAUAAUGAUGUUGAUAAGAUUGUACAAAAUCACUCAUUUAUGUUUGACUUUUGUGACAUGAUGACGGGAUUUUGUCUUUCCUAUAUAUAUGCAUUGUUAUUACAUCAGUCUUUCCUCAAAUGCUCAUGCUUAAUAUGUAUGUAAUGUAUGAUAAUUUGGAAUACUUUUAAAUAGUAAUAAUAACAUGAUCUUACAUAAUUCUUUUUUUGUUUCUACAAAUUUUUGUUUGUUUUUUAGUUUUCUCUUUCAAUGUAUUACUGUAUUGUUGAUCACUUUAUAAUGAUAGUUAUCUUUUAUGAUUGUUUCAUUCAGAAAAAAAAUUUGUAGUUUAUUGUGUU